AUGAGACAUCAAGUGCCUAGGCUCGUUGGAGAGCUGAGGCCGUCAGCACUCGAAAUAUGUUGCGGAGAACCUAUUACAAGCCUGGAAUAUGUCGGCAACGGCCGUGUGACGGAGUUUAAAUACGGUAAGUUCCUGGGCGAAACCUUCCGUGGGGAGAAACAGCUCAAAAGCCUCAUCACCAUGGGCGAGGGCUGGGGCCUGCUGGACCGAGCCUUCGCUCUCGUCUUCGUCGACAACCACGACAACCAGCGAGGCCACGGCGCCGGGGGCGACAUGAUCCUCACCUUCCGUGUCUCCAAGCUGUACAAGAUGGCCAAUGCCUUCAUGCUUGCCUGGCCUUAUGAACUUACUCGCGUGAUGUCGUCUUACUACUGGGACCAGAAGUAUGUAAACGGCCACGACGAGAACGACUGGGUGGGUCCUCCGCACGACGACAGUUACAACACCGUCGGCCCCACCUUCGGCCCCGACGGCAGCUGCGGGAACGGGUGGGUCUGUGAGCACCGCUGGAGACAGAUCUACAACAUGGUCGCCUUCCGUAAUGUGGUAAACGGCACUGAUAUGAACGAUUGGUGGGACAACGACAGCAACCAAAUCGCCUUUUGCAGAGGCAACAAGGGCUUCAUCGCUAUCAACAACGACGACUGGGACCUCAUGGAAACCCUGCAGACCUGCCUAUCUGCUGGGAAAUACUGUGACGUGAUCUCGGGCUCCAAGAGCGGCGAUGAGUGUACUGGCAAGUCAGUAACGGUGGCCGCCGACGGAACCGCUUAUAUUGAGAUCUCCUCCUGGGAGGAGGACGGCGUCCUCGCCAUCCACCUGAACUCUAAGCUGUAAGCUGAGGUGUCCACAACUACAUCCCCAGUCUAAGCUGUAAGCUGAGGUGUCCACAACUACAUCCCCAGUCUAAGCUGUAAGCUGAGGUGUCCAUAACUACAUCCCCAGUCUAAGCUGUAAGCUGAGGUAUCCACAACCGCUUCCCCUUCAAGACUGAGCAGCAUGAGAGAACAAAGUGCCACAGUAGGCAUCUCUUGACAGCUAAUCAGAAGACAUAUGCUGAUAAUAAAUAUCACAACGAAAGAUACUCAUCUAACUGACCAUAGUGUUAAAGAAGUUACCGUUCUCAGUUUAGAUGCUGCUUUCUUGGUUCCUGUCUGACAUCCGUGGUAAACAUUUCGACUAGAGAAUGAUAGAACACAAAUAUAGUAAAAGAGCAAGUCUAGAGUCCAAUGCAUUGUUUGUCCACUUGAGAGAUUGUAAUAAUUUUACUGGCUGGACUAAUUCAUACAAAUUGUGGAGUGAAGUCAGUUACUGAAAGAAAUAUUAUUAAAUCUUCAUUUAUUAAAUGUAGUGAGUUAGAUAUAUUAUUGUAGGUCCAGGAUUAUAUAAAUUAGAUAGCUUUAUAAUUGGAAAGAUAUGUGAUUGAUCAGCCCAUCCUCCUGUUUUGGUAGUACUUACAGUAAUGAUGAGGACCGUAGUAUAUAUACCGACGAACAACGAAAUUAGAAAGCAGAAAUCUGAACUAUUGAAUUGGACAAACCGGAAAGCUAUUUUUUACUUGUGUUGCUUUGACAAACUAAAUUAACCUAACCUAACCUAGGCCUAAUAUACGAUAUUUAAAGCUUGAUAUAGUAAAUAUGUGUGAUAUGCUAGGCCUAGGAAUAUUUAAGUUUGUGUUUUAGCUUCAUUUUAAAGGAAAUCUUUACCAGUCAGUAUUCUACUAUCUAAAAGCUAAGUAAGUACAAAUU